GUUUUGUUAUGUUCGGCUUGGAGAGGGGGCUCAAUGUGCUAGGGGCCGACAUAGAUGCGACACAAAUGUGACGAAACACAUGCCCAAGUUUUAACAAGUACCGCGAGUCCUACAUGGUGAUUAUGCCCAGCGCCGAGCCAGCUGUGCGAAGUUUAUCAGAAGUAGAGAAAUACCUCAACAGCCGGGACAGAAUGCAGACGGAGCGUAGCGGCGAGGGCGGCGUCUCGGGCGUCCCGUCCCCGCUGAGACGGGGCAGCUCGGAGAACAACCUGGACCUGGACCUGAGCGACGGGCCCUUCCCGGGCCACGGGAGCCUGGAGCGCAGCCGCUCGGGCCUGGACAGCCUGCAGCAGAAGAUCCUCAAGGUGACGGAGCAGCUGAAGAUCGAGCAGACGGCCCGCGACAACAACGUGGCCGACUACCUGAAGCUGGUCAACAGCGCCGACAAGCAGCAGGUGGGGCGCAUCAAGCAGGUGUUCGAGAAGAAGAACCAGAAGGCGGCGCAGAGCAUCGCCCAGAUGCAGAAGAAGUUGGAGCAGUACCACCGCAAGAUGAAGGACAGCGAGAGCCACGGCUCCUCCUCCUCGCCGUCCUCCUCCAAGCACAACAGCCUGCCGCGGGAGUCGGAGCCCUCCAAGGAUCUGCUGAGGAGCGGGAGCGGCCGGCACCCCGCGCUGGACAAGAUCAAGACCAUCGGCCCCGGCGUGUCCCUCUCGCCUCCGUUCUUCUUCAGUAAGCCCCGCGAGUUCGCCAACCUCAUCAGGAACAAGUUUGGUAGCGCCGAUAACAUCGCUCACCUGAAAACCACGCUGGACACGCCCUCGCCUUUCCACUCGGACGGCGCCGGGGGGCGGGGCCUAAGCGGGAGUGCCAACAUGGUGGCGAAGCAGCCCAAAUACCCCAGCGACGACGAGUGUUCCUCCGGCAGCGCCUCCAUAUCGGCCGACAGCAAUGGGAACUCGGCAGGGCUGCGCGUUGGAGGAGGUACAGGGGAGGCUGGCCAGGGCCAAGCCCAGGGACAAGGGCAGGAGGCUGGGGCAAAUGCCCAGGGAAGACUGGCCCUCAGCCUGGAGGAGUUGAGGGAGAUCCGAGAGGCCCAAAGCCAGCUGGAGGAGGACAUGGAGGAGCUAAAGUCCCAGUUUCAGAGAGACUUCGGUCUGAUCACCCAGUCAGUGCAGGAGGAAAAAUACAGGUACGAGCGUUUGGAGGACCAGCUUAAUGACCUCACAGAGCUUCACCAGCAUGAGACAGCCAACCUGAAGCAGGAGCUGGCCAGCAUUGAGGAGAGGGUGGCCUACCAGGCCUACGAGAGGGCCAGGGACAUCCAGGAGGCCCUGGAGUCGUGUCAGACGCGGGUCUCCAAGCUGGAGCUCCAGCAGCAGCAGCAGCAGACGGUGCAGCUGGAGAGCCGGGACGCCCGCGUCCUGCUGGGCAAGAGCAUCAACAUCAUGCUGGCCAUCGUCACCGUCAUCCUGGUGUGUGUCUCCACCGCCGCCAAGUUUGCCGCGCCCCUCAUGCGCAGCCGGCGCCACGUGAUGGCCACCUUCCUUGGCAUAUGUCUGCUGGCGCUCUUCUGGAGGAACUGGGAGCACCUGCAGUGCGUGGUCGAGAGGGUUCUGGUGCCACCCUGACGGGAAGGGGGGAAUGGGGUGUUUGCGCGGUCAAAACUAGGUUUAAACGCUAUCCAAACAGGUCACUUUCAUGAGCCUUUGACACGAUUGGUUGUACAAUCUUCAGAAGGCACAGUCUUCUCAAAGUCACAGAGGUUUACGGUUUACAGUACUUCACACUAUCUGCUUGGUGCUCUGCUUGGCACAGCUGCACUGAGAUAGUGAGCUGAGUACCAUCCACUACACACCGGACACAGAGAUUAGACCGCAGUAAGAAGGUAGACAUUUUGUUUAUUUGUCCCAUCGUUGUCAUUUUAAAGCUAAUCCUCAUUCCAUUUUAUCGUCCUCCAGGGCAUUGUGAGUCACCUUUUAGUUUUGUGUCUUAACUAUUGUAUUGGAUACGAUUUUUAGUGCAAUAUAUCCAAUUUCUUUUAGACCACUUGUUUUUAUUGUACUUUUAUUAUAUUUGUUUUAUAACCUUUCAUUGUGGAGUGAAAGGGCUAUAGCCAAGCCUUGUGUCAUUUCUGAAGACGUCCAGAUAUCCAUAUCCACUAAGACCACUGCGGGGGCAGAAGCAAGAGCUGGGCUAGCUCCAACCAGAAAAACUACAGAAAAACGUGUCCUUAAACAUACUGAUAUUGUUAGGGUUUCGCUACUUUUAAUCGAGCUUCUGUGAUAACGUACUGUAUAUGAAGGGGCGAAGGAAGACAACUGUUUACACUGUGAUUUGAGGCAUUAUGUUCUUUUACACUCCACGGAGAAACUGAUACUUUCUCUCACUUAGAAACGUGAGCAGCCUUAAAGACUUGUUAGAGGACGGAUACUGUAGAAUCCAGAAGGACACUGCUAAAUAAGAGGCUUACGAUGACGUCCACUAUCUGGAAUGGUAUGUGUGUUUGUUCGCAAGUCUGAAAAGCGGAAUGACCGGUCUUGUGUGAAGACUUAACGUGUAAAUAUGUUCCUUGUCUAACAUGAUUUUUUCUUGACCUUUCACAAUGUGAUUUGUGUGGCCUGUGUCACAGGAGGGUUCAUCAUGGUUUCAUUCCUGUAUGAAACCAUGCUAGUUCCUGUAUUGACACAUCUGACAGACAUCCCUGCAAUGCAUUAUGGGACCAUCUAAAAAAGAAUCUCCUCACAAUGCACAAUGUGACUUUCUUGUGUUUCCUCAUACAUCAUGUGCCUUUCUGUUACAAGUCUGUGAACAUUAAAUACUAUU